AGAGUGAUAGACGAUUGAAAAUUUUGGCGUAGUCCACCAACAGUCACAAGAAUUCCCUAAACUUCAUAAGAUAACCAUCGAGUCCUCUAAAAAGUCUUCUCUCUUCCUUAUCGCUGUUCAUAUCUGAGUCUCUCUUUUGAACAGUGGAAAUUCCGUUCAUUGAUUCUCUCGCCAAGCUUUUUUCCUUAGAUUCACCGAAAGUUUCUGUGGGUCGUUCUGAACUCUUCAAAAGAAGCCUCCUUCAUAGGUCCUCUUCUCCAACUCUACAGAUAUGGGUGUAUAUCUCAGCACUCCCAAAACCGAAAAGUUCUCUGAAGAUGGGGAGAAUGAUCGGCUUAGAUUUGGUUUAUCAUCCAUGCAAGGCUGGCGUGCAACCAUGGAGGAUGCUCAUACUGCAAAUCCUGAUCUUGAUCCGUCUACUUCGUUCUUUGGUGUUUUUGAUGGUCACGGAGGCAAGGUGGUUGCAAAGUUCUGUGCUAAGUAUCUUCACCAACAGGUGCUCAAGAGUGAUGCAUAUGCUGCUGGAGAUAUAGGAACCUCGGUUAAGAAAGCCUUUUUCAGAAUGGAUGAAAUGAUGCGCGGACAAAGGGGCUGGAGAGAAUUAGCUGUUUUGGGUGAUAAAAUAAACAAGUUUACUGGCAUGAUAGAAGGGUUGAUUUGGUCUCCAAGGAGCAGUGAUAGCAAUGAACAAGUUGAUGAUUGGGCUUUUGAGGAGGGGCCUCAUUCUGAUUUUUCUGGACCAACUUCUGGGAGCACGGCCUGUGUUGCAAUUAUCAGAAACAACCAACUUGUUGUUGCAAAUGCUGGCGAUUCUCGUUGUGUGAUAUCUAGAAAGGGUCAGGCAUACAAUUUGUCUAGGGAUCACAAACCUGAUCUUGAGGUUGAGAAGGAAAGGAUUUUAAAGGCUGGUGGUUUUAUACAUGCAGGACGAGUCAAUGGCAGUUUAAAUCUUGCUCGAGCUAUAGGUGACAUGGAAUUCAAGCAAAAUAAGUUUUUGCCUGCUGAAAAGCAAAUUGUAACUGCUAAUCCAGAUAUAAACGCCGUUGAGCUUUGGGAUGAUGAUGAUUUUAUCGUGUUAGCAUGUGAUGGCAUCUGGGAUUGCAUGUCAAGCCAGCAACUGGUUGAUUUUGUUCGUGAACAACUAACCUUGGAAAGCAAGCUCUCUCUGGUGUGUGAGAGAGUGCUCGAUAGGUGUUUGGCACCAUCAACAGCCGGAGGCGAGGGAUGCGACAACAUGACCAUGAUCUUGGUGCAAUUCAAGAAACCCAUUCUGCCCACAGCAUCGGCUAAUGACCAAUCCUCACCAUCCAAACUAGCUGAUCCUGAAUCAGAAAUUGGGGAGGGCAAAUCAAAGUAGUUGCUGCAGUGUAGCCACAAAUCAGAUCCUAUACUGGAUAACUUUCACCAGAAGAAAACGUGAGAAUCCCUAUUUUCUUGAAAUUAUGGGCUCUCAGAUAUUUAACUGUAGAUGGCUUUGUUAGAAGAUAUUCGGAUCAAUUAUUAAGAAAAAUGGGUGUAGUCGAUGUGCUUGUUUAAGUUUGAGAAUUUGUUGAUGCCACAUACUUGAAUAAAAAAUGCACAGUUUCAUAACAA